UUUCAGUCGCUUGGAAUUUCUGUAGAGUUCAUCGUCCAUAUAAUACGGAUAUUCACGCAUUCUGUCCGUCGCACCCGUAUUGAGAGGGCCGAGGAAGCGCUGGCACAAAUGGGAUCCACCGUGUUCUCGGGAAUCACAUUAACAAUGCUCGGAGGGACGUUGGUGUUAGCCUUUGCACAUUCCCAAAUCUUUAAAGUCUUCUACUUCCGAAUGUUUUUGGGAAUUGUAAUAAUUGGUGCAUUGCAUGGGCUGAUCUUUCUUCCCGUAGUGCUUUCUUUCAUAGGAUCUCCAAUAAAUCGACGUCUCUUGCAAGAUAAACUCCGAGAAGAAGGUCGAAGUUCGCAAGAGCGACGAACAGGACGACUCGCCAAUCUUAAGGAGAACAUGACUUCUUCAUUACCCGCAAAUAUUGGAUUGGCGGACGGGUCAAAAGAGAAGUUAGAAGCACGUUCUCCAGUGAUCUCAAUAGAAGUCCCAUCAAAAGUCCUAGAAGGUCCUUUACUUCAUCGUUCGCUCAGGUUGGACUGA